GAUGAAGGCAUCGCCGUAAAGAAUACCGGAAGUGAUUUCAUAGUGAAAGUUAUCUUUUGUUUCAGCUGUUGUGUGUCGCCGUCGCCGGGCACAUGUUCUUCUUUAACUCAGCCUAGUUAACUCUAAACGUGUAAACAAAGUCAUGUAAGAGUGCUAAACGACUUGCAAAGAGCGGAAAGAGCGUGAUCAUGGCCAUCGCCCACGUAGCCACCGAGUACGUGUUCAGCGACUUUCUCCUGAAGGAUCCCAACCAGGCUCGAUACCGCAGCGUACGCACCGAGUUAGCGGUGGACAAGAUGGUGACCUGCGUGGCCGUGGGCCUUCCUCUCCUCCUCAUCUCUCUGGCCUUCGCGCAGGAAGUAUCCGUCGGGACUCAGAUUAGCUGCUUCGCUCCCAGCAACUUUUCAUGGAGACAGGCGGCGUACGUCGAUUCGUACUGCUGGGCGUCCGUGCACACGCACACGCUGCCUCUGUGGUUGCACAAGGUACGCACGCCGUCGCACACGUGCUCAUUCGGACUAACACGUGUGUUUUGGGCACAGUUCUUCCCGUACAUCCUGCUGCUGGUGGCCAUGCUGACUUACAGUCCGGCAUUGUUCUGGAGGUUCUGGUCGGCGCCGUUGCUCCAGUCGGACCUUGGCUUCAUCAUGGAGGAGCUGGACCGAUGUUACAACCGAGCUGUCACGCUCGCCAAGCGAAUGACCACCGACGCUUUGCAGGGCGGCGACAGGUACUUGAAAAUCUGCGUUGCUCCUUUUCACUCCGAUUAUUCAUUACCGUCGUCACAAAGUUGCAGCGAUCCGACGGAGGGCUGCUUCAACUACCCAUUGGUGGAGAAGUUCCUGACGACCAAGCGUUUCUCUCACGUGCUGCUGACCCGCUACCUGCUGUGCCGAGGUCUGACGUUGGCCACGUUGCUGUGCGCUUGCCUCUACCUGGGCUACUACCUGCGUUUAGCCUCACUCACCGACGACUUUGGCUGCACGCUGAGAGUGGGCUUGCUGGUCAACGACUCCACCGUCCCGGACAAAGUGCAGUGCAAGCUCAUCGCCGUGGGAGUCUUCACGCUGCUCAGCCUGGUCAACUUGAUCAUCUUCUCUGGGCUGAUCCCCUUGGUGAUCUAUGCCAGUCUCCGCCCCCUUUUGUGUCACCGCUACGCCCACUUCCUGGAAACCUACCAAUCGUUGCCCACGGUGAGCGUCCUGCCCACCCCCACCGGCCAAUGGGACGACCUCUCCCUCUAUCUGCUCUUCCUGGAGGAGAACAUCAGCGAGCUCAAGUCUUACAAGUAUAUCAAGGUGCUGGAGUUGCUGAAGAAAGGAGGAGAAUGUUCCGGUGAGGACUUUGACGCCAUGGGUUUGCUGCAGACACUGUGUCUCGUCAAGAUGGACACCGUGGACGCCAAGAAAGCCGCGGCCAAACCUGACCAGCUCGUCAUCCACGAGGAAGAGCCGGACAAGAACAACAGCGCAAGACGCAACAAGCACGAGGAUGAAGGAACGGUGGGAACCGAAAUGCAAGAGUUAACGCCUUUGGUCCCUGGAAACGGCGAUGUGACGGACGGCAAAACAAACAGCGGAGGCGGGGCUCUGCGGCAGCGGGCCAUGUGAUUGGCUGCCUUUCCCGGCAGAACUGCAUAACGACACAUAUGCAAAUAUCCAUCCAGCUCAUUUGCAUGUUGUUUCGAAAUACUUUGUGUUUGUGCUGCUUUAGCUUCUUUAUUAUGGAAUGUACCGCUCUCAAUAGGAUCACAUGACCAUUUCUCCCAUCCAUAAACUAAUGACAUCAUCAGAAUGAGACUUGAAUUUUUAUUUACUCUGUUUUUCGAUUGUUAAAGUAAAUUUCUUUGUGUGUAAUGUCAAACUCAUAAUGGUAGUUUGACUCUGGAUAUACUGAAUAAUGUAAAAAUAAUAAUAAUUACAAUGGCGGUACAAAGGAUUAAUAACACUAGAAUGGAUUAUGGUGCUAAAUGUCACUCAGCUGUUUUGGUGCAUCUUUUAUACUGGCCACAUGAAUGUAAAAUGGACCCUAAUGAAGUUACUUGGGAUGUUUUGCAUUAAACUUUCUUUUAAAGUGA